AUGACUGCCACAUUGAACGGGACGUUCAACUCGGCCCCUGACACACCUUCUCUCGUCUACCCCGAUCGUCUCAUCCGACCGCUCCCUAAACGUACCCUGCGCUCUCGUCUGUCCACUGACGCCGCCGAAGAUAUCCACUAUCCACCAACGCCCCCGGCGUCGCAGAUAUUCUACGGUGUCUCCGGAGACUCGGAGGAGGUGGUGACCCACUCCAAAGCCUACGUGCGGCAGACCAUCGAGACGGAUAGACACGAGCUAACCCCGGAGGCGGACCAAGAGUUCGAGACCGCGGUGGAACUGGAUAGUGGGGAUGAAGACGGACCGGUAGUCGUACGCCGGAGUGCUGGGUUUCGAGGUUCUCUCUCGCCGAGUUCACAACCCCAGGUGUUUGCUGGUAGAGACGGUGCAAAGUCCUCGGCUGGUCCGGACGGGUAUGACGCUUUUGAAAACACAAAUAACAAAAAGAAACGGAAGAUUCCCACGCCCGGGAAUAUGAACGGCCAUCAUUCUGCUCUGUCACCGGAGUUUGCGAGCAUGGGAUUGGCCAACUCGAAUCCUCCAGUCAGCGAUGGCAGUACUGGCACUUAUUAUGGAAGUGGAAACCCUGCUUCACCGUUGGGAAGUGGCAUAUCGGGAUCUGGUAGAGGGCGUUUGGGCCGGAGUACACGCAGUAACAGCGGGAGAAAUCCGUUGUCCGCGAAUGCUCAGAAUGCUUGGAUGAAUACGCGAGCACCAAGUCGGCGAGAUCUGUCGUCUCCAGGACCUGGCGAAUCAUCUGACCAAGGUAUCAUUUCGACUGCGAUUGCAAACGCGGCCACCCUGUCGUCUCCAACCCGAGGUCCCAGCAAUGUGAGCUUGCUUGACCAGGAGAACCACACCACCCCUACCAAGACCCAGUUCACAUUUACCUGCGAGUCCGAUUCCUCAAAAGGAAUGGCAAUGCAGCGUAAUUAUUCUCUUCCUCACCGUUCACCUACUUCUCCACUUGCCCCGACUUCUUCCAACCCUCAUGGUUACUCCACAGGAACACAGACGAGCCCAAACAUGUCUCAGAUGCAUGGGCAGACCUCACCGAGUACUCAGCCCCCACCUGCAGGAGAACAGGGCUCUGUUGGUCGCAAGAAGAAGCGAUCCCCAGGCAGUAUUUAUGCUUUGGCAGCGCGUCAACGCAAAAUCCAACAGCAAUACACAAACAUUCACCACCCCCCAGCACUGGAAGACAUCUGGAUCUGCGAGUUUUGUGAAUACGAGAGUAUCUUCGGCCACCCGCCGGAAGCUCUCAUUCGCCAGUAUGAGAUCAAAGAUCGGAAGGAGCGCAAGCGUCUAGCCGAGAAAAAGCGUCUUCUCGAAAAGGCCAAGAUGAAGGGCCGCAAGACCAAGAAGGCGCCCAAAAACGCGAAGAAUGCGUCACAGCACUCCUAUCAACAAGGUUAUGAUCGAGCCUCGGUCGAUCACUCCUCCGCGGCCGGUUCAGGCCUCCAUGACGACGAAUACAGCCACGAGUACGACGACGAUGAGCUGGGAUCCAUCCCCGGCCCGGACGCUGCAUCCCCGUCUGAGCUUAAACCCCCACUCCCUCCCCCGGCCAAUAUUGCCAGACCGGUACCGGCAGGAGAUGCGACAGAAGCUGGGACGAGUCGGCCGGCCUGA